UUGCUGAGCCGGGGCCAUACAAUUAUAUGGGAGGAGGCAUGCCAGGCGUUUUUUCACUGGGAGCUCCAUUAGCAAAUGUUUACGGUCAGCGUUUUCUUCUUGUGGGCACAAUUUAUUUCGUUCGGAAGUGAGAGCAGAGCUUGCUACCUGAGCUGCGUAGACUACAACAACAAUCCGAUCCAGCCUACCUGAACGCAAGGGUGCGCUGGAUAGAACAACACCGGGAAAAGACACGGACAAACGCAUUCCGUGAAGAUACCUUAUUCUCUGCUCUUUGAGAUGUAGAUGCGAUGACGGCUGGCUCCAGAGACCAGAGGAAGUGGCUUUUGCCUCAGUGCUCCCCCCACAGACCCAGUCUUUGACACAGACGAGCACCGGAAACUUUUCGCCAGACGCUAGCUCCCAAGCAUUGAUUUUGCUCUCCCUCCUCUUUGGGUCGUCAUGGAACACCAACGCCUACUCUUUAUCCUCGUGGUAAUUCUAGGGGUUAUGCGUACAUGUGUGGCCAGGCUGACCCCCCGGGUCUCCUUUCCUAUGGGUACACCUGGGAGGUCUCUCAGCCACUUCGACAGCUCGGACGUCGGCAACACCACCACACUGUUGCUAAGUGACGACGGAGACACGUUGUUUGUGGGAGCGCGGGAUGCAUUUCUCUCAUUGGAUGUCAGCCAGGAGGACGCCAUUGUGAUGAGGAGCAAGCUGGACUGGUCCCCCUCAGUGAAGGACCUGGACGAAUGCUCCAUGAAGGGCAAGAAAAAGGCGGAUUGUCCCAACUUUAUCCGGGUGCUGCAGUUCCUGAACUCCACGCACAUGUACGCCUGUGGAACCUUCGCCUUCAGCCCGCGCUGCACCUACAUCAACUAUGAGACUUUCUCCCUCGUAACGAGCCCCAGCGGAAAGCCAGAGGAGGGCAGAGGUCGCUGCCCCUACGACCCCUACCAACGUAACUCAGCCAUCACCGUCGAUGGAGAGCUGUACACUGGAACUGUAGCGGACUACAUGGGAAACCGGCCAGUCAUCUCCCGCCACCUCAGCGAGGGCAGCCAUGUUGAUCUGAAGCUGGACGACACUUUGGGCUGGCUGGAGGAUCCCACUUUCAUCAGCUCCAACUUCGUCCCAAGUGAGGAGAAGAUCUAUUUCUUCUUCAGUGAGGUGGGCCGGGAGUACGACUUCAUCAACAAGUUCACUGUGUCUCGCAUCGCCCAAGUCUGCACGAGUGACAUUGGGGGCCAGCGUACCCUGCAGCGACGUUGGACCACCUUUGCCAAAGCCCAGCUCCUGUGCCAGUCUGACAACGAGCUGCCCUACAACGUCAUCCAGGACAUCGUCACCCUCCCGCCACCUGAGGGGGCCCCAGUGGACGACACACUCUUCUUCGGCAUCUUCAGCUCUCAGUGGUCGGUGAACUCAGGGCGGUCGGCAGUGUGUGCCUUCCGCCUGGGCGACAUCAAAGCGGUUUUCGCAGGCAACUACAAGGUCCUGAAUCGGGACACGCUACGGUGGAGCAUGCGGGUUCAGGAGAAGGUCGCCAACCCGGGAGAGUGUGGCCUGCACAACGCCUCAGACAACACCCUUCGCUUUGUCAAAGAAAACUUCCUCGCGGACGACAGCGUACACCCUGUGGGGAAGAGCCUGACCAUGGUGUCACCUGACCAGCGCUACAGCCAUGUGGUCACCCAGAGAGUACAGGCCGCCAACAGCAAGGACUACACCGUUCUAUUCCUGCUUACAGAAUCAGGCUACCUCCACAAAGCAGUGCUGCUGGAGAAGGGUGCACACAUCAUUGAGGAGAUCCAGGUCUUCGAGCAGCCUCAGCCCGUAAAGAACCUCCUGCUCUCAAUAGCCAAGGGUGUGGUGUUUGUGGGCUCAUCAGAAGGCGUGGUGAGGGUCCCGGCCUCCAACUGCUCCUACUACUGGAGCUGUGCCGAGUGUGUGCUGUCCCGGGAUCCCUUCUGUGGCUGGGACCCCUCCAACAAAGUCUGCACCCACGCCACCAGCAUCCAGGACAAAGUAGGCCAGGAUGUGGAUGGAGGGAAUGUGCAGGAGGCGUGUGCGUCGCCCAUGACGCCCAGAUCCAGAUUUGGACUGCACAAAGGAAACGCAGACUCCUUUCCCCCAGGCGAGCUGGUGUCGGUGUCCCUGAAUGAGGUGGUGCGACUGCAGUGUCCAGCGGCCUCGAGCAUGGCCCACCGCCACUGGGAGCGACCCAACAGCCGCCUCUCCCCGGACCUCUACCUGCAGCUGGAGGACGGAAGCCUGCACUUCCUGGCCACGCCCGCCACCCUGGGCCACUACCUGUGUCUAUCCACAGAGAACGGCUUCCAGCAGAACCUGGCCAUCUACCAGGUAAAGCAGAAGAGCAGCCCCACCCCCCAGGCCACUGCUCCUGACGUGACGCCCACCCGCCCCCAGAGCCCGGCCCUCCUCCCAACCACCCAGGCCGGCUCAGGAGAAUGGCUCACCCCGCCGUUGACGGUGCCCAAGCAGACCGAGCCGGAGCCCACCGCGCUGGCAAGGGAGACUCAGGCCACCACAAGGCGGACCAGCAGGAACUUUACCUUCUGGGUGGAGCAGUCGGAGGAGACUGAGGCAAAGUCGCUGGGAGGGGAGAAGCUGCUGCUUGCGCUGGGGCAAACCUACCUGAAGGAGCUGGUGGUGGUGUCUGUACUGCUAGCAUCCUGCGUUAGCAUCCUGCUAACCAUGGUGCUGUACGGCAUGAGGCAGCGCUGCCGCAGCAGGACGGUGCCCCAGGCCAACGCCCCAGGGAGGGACUUGGAGAGGGGUGGCCAUCAGGAGCGGGAGGCCCUCCGGGGGGGUCAGUCACCGCGCAGCAACGGCAAGCGGAACGGGCAGGCGGCACACAACGGCCAAGACAACGGGGUCGUGUGCAACGGCACGCCUAAGGGCUCCAACGGGCAUCUGCCCAACACCCCUAUCUGAGCAUAGUCAACCACAUCACACUCUAACUAUUGACAGUACCAUAUCCACUCUUUCUGAGAGAAAUGUAGCCUUUACAUGGUCGCACUAAGCCAUGGGAUUUUACAUAAACGCGGCUAACUGCAGCACUCUGAAUUGUAUGGACUGUCAUGGCAGUGAGUAAGACUGUUUGGCCUGAUAGACUGUGGUAACUCAAUUUAAAGGACACUUUUCUUCUGGUACGAUACAAGCCUAUGUGAAUCAAAUGGGCAGACUGAUAAAUGUGACUCUCACUGCUCUUAUGUAAUAUUGUGUAUUAUAUUGUGCUGUAUAUACUUAGGAGAAGAGGUUCAAUCGACUAGACUGUUUUUGUGUAUUUAAUGAAAGAGCCAAGAAAGCCGAUGUAUCGAAUGUAAAUGAAGGACUGCGUCACUAUACGGCCACAAAAAAAUAAAAAAAUAAAUUGCUCCUAAACAGGUUUCUCUACCACUAACUAUUAACUAAUGUGUCCACUCAAAUCCCAGGCAGUGUGGAUGCAUAUCGCGAGUUACACAAAAACAGCCUUUUUUGUUCGAACAGUGUUUUUGUAUCAUCAGGUCUACAUUGCUAAACCACUUUCUUUCUAUGCAGCGUCAGCGAAGGUUAGCGGAGCACGUUGUACAGUACAAGGUUUUUUCCACUCUAUUUAUUUUUGCUGGUUUAUUUUUUGUCAUUCUGUUGAAUGUGUUGCCAAUGACUUCAAGUAUUUCCAACUUGCUUUUCUUUUCUCUCUCACCCAAACGCACAUUUUUGGAAAUCCUGCAGUCUGUGAAGCCAUGAGAACAUGUUGAUUUGACACUGUAGGCUUAUCUCUUCCAGAACAAACAAGAUUAUUCUGGUGUUUAGAGACCUUUAGUUUUGAUAAUAUAUGUGUUGUCAGCGUAUUAACUGGACAGAAAUCUGAAAAUCACUUUGAAAACUGAUAUUGCCAAAAUUGCAUUUUGAAUAAAAAACAAAUGUUUUUUGCUAGACAGCUAUUCAGAGAGUGAAAACAGAUUAAGAGAAAGGUGGUUCAUUUUAAAGCUGCUUUAGAUGCCGAUGAGAAAGAUGAAUAGUUAAACAAAUAUGGUACUCAUUGUCUUUGGUACAGAUCACAAACAACUUUUUUAAAUUAAGUUUUGUCUUUAUUUUUAUACAAUCGUAUGUUACUGUUCUAAUGUUGCAAAUAAACUGUUCAAUUUGUGCAAAAACAA